AUGGACUCAAGUGUCGUGCAUGCAUUUCAUGCGUUUCUUUCCUCUCUAUCCCCCCCUUGCAUGCUCCUUCUCUUCAUCCUCUCCUCUCUAUUUAUCUGACCCAUAAUUUUAAUUUUACAUCCAAACAUUAAAAAAAAAAAAUCACCCAAAAAAACCUCGUAGCCUCUUCUCCUCGCCGUUACAGUCUCCCCUCUUCGCCGUCCUCUUAUACUCUCCGCCGCAACUCUCAUUGAUUGAACCUCCUCUGAUCUCUAACGCGACUUUGAUUUGACCCACGUCGAUGCAUGCUCAUGCCUAGUCCCUUCUCCAAUUCACGUCGAUUUCACCUCCGAUUCGUCUCUCCGUCACUUCUCUAGGGUUCUAAGUUUUUCGAUUGGGAUUUGGAAGAAUCUGGUGGUGGGUUCGUGGAAAGGUUCAGACUUUGAAGAUGUUCCAAGUCAAAACGGGGUCAAAGAUGUGCAUGAACGCAUCGUGCGGCUCGACUUCUACUGUUGAAUGGAAGAAAGGUUGGCCUCUUCGAUCUGGUGCUCUCGCGGACCUCUGCUUUCGUUGCGGAUCGGCUUAUGAGACUUCUCUUUUCUGUGAGACAUUCCAUUUGGACCAAUCUGGUUGGAGGGAAUGCUAUUUAUGCAACAAGAGACUUCACUGUGGAUGCAUUGCCUCUAAGCUCGUUGUGGAGUUUAUGGACUACGGUGGUGUUGGUUGUAGUACCUGUACUAACUGCCAUCAACCCAACUUGGGUAAGAUAGGUGAGAAUCCAGGUCUGUUUAGCAGAUUGCCAAUGAACAGGCAACAUACUAAUGGAGAAAAUGGAAUGAAUGUUGGCAAAGCUGAUCUCUUUUCUCAGCCACUAGUCCAGGGAGAUGACAAAAGAGAAGAGUUCAUGCCUCACCGUGGGUUUAGUAAUCUCAUAAAAACAGAUAGGCUGGACGGUGGGGAAAUACUUGAAUCAUCAUCUACACCUUCACAGCCACCGUCUUUGAAUAUGCCUUUGGCAGCACUUCCUUAUAGCCUUAAUUUUGCAACUGCAACAAAGAAACUCAUGGAUGCUGCUUCUCAGCCCCACGCUGUCCAAUCCUCUUCCUCUAGUAUACUGCAAACACCUUCAAAAUCAGUUCUUGGAACUCCUCCUGGGACUAGCAAAUCUGCUCAGGCUCGGAUUGGUAGGCCUCCUAAUGAAGGGCGUGGGAGAAGCCAUUUACUUCCUCGGUAUUGGCCAAAGUAUACUGAUAAAGAGCUUCAGCAAAUCUCCGGAAAUUUAAAUUUAAACAUUGUGCCUCUUUUUGAGAAAACUCUUAGUGCAAGUGAUGCUGGUCGCAUUGGUCGUCUCGUUCUUCCAAAAGCCUGUGCAGAGGCAUAUUUUCCUCCCAUUAGUCAAUCAGAAGGCAUUCCAUUGAAGAUCCAAGACGUGAGGGGGAAGGAGUGGAUCUUCCAGUUCAGAUUCUGGCCCAAUAACAACAGUAGAAUGUAUGUUUUAGAAGGUGUCACUCCCUGCAUACAGUCCAUGAUGCUACAGGCUGGUGAUACAGUAACUUUCAGUAGGGUUGAUCCUGGUGGCAAACUAAUCAUGGGUUUCAGGAAGGCAACUCAUACUAAAGACAUACAGGGGUGUGGUCUUACUAAUGGUACUUUAAACGAGGACACAUCAUCGUCUGGUGUUACAGAGACUCCAACCUCCAUAAACGCUUCCUCGUGUCCCUCACAAAACCCUGAAGAACUGAAAGGUCUGCCUGAGCAUUUAAACUCAAAUCAUGGUGGUAGUAGCUUGAAGAAGAGUGAGGUGAAUGGAGUUAAAGACAAGAAGAGGACUCGUACUGUGGGAGCAAAAAGCAGGAGACUGCUUCUUCAUAGUGAAGAAUCUAUGGAGGUGAGAAUCACAUGGGAAGAAACUCAGGAGUUGAUUCGUCCUUCUCCUAGUGAAAAGCCUACCGUUGUAGUCAUCGAGGAGCAUGAGUUUGAAGAGUUUUACGAACCUCCUGUGUUUGGAAAGAGGACAAUUAUCACUUCAAAACCUUCAGGUGAACAAGAACGAUGGGCAUCUUGUGAUGACUGCUCUAAAUGGAGAAAGUUACCUGUAGAGGCUCUUCUCCCUGCAAAGUGGACAUGUUCAGACAAUGUUUGGGAUGAGAGCAGGUGUUCUUGUUCUGCACCUGAGGAGAGUCUGAAGGAGCUUGAGAAUGUUCUUAGAAUGAGCAAAGAGUACAAGAAGAGAAGAACUGGGGUGAGCCAGACAGUAAGAACUGAGGAAGAACUGACGGGUCUGGAUGCACUAGCGAGUGCAGCAGCCUUGGGGGACACUUUAGGGGAAGAAGAGGAGCCUGCGACAACUACCAGACAUCCAAGGCACAGGGUUGGAUGCUCUUGCAUUGUGUGCAUUCAGCCGCCGAGUGGGAAAGGCAGGCACAACUCGAGUUGCCUGUGCACGGUGUGCAGCACAGUGAAGAGAAGGUUCAAGACGCUGAUGAUGAGGAGGAAGAAGAAGCAGUUAGAGCGGGAGGAAAUAGAAGCAGCGGCGGCGGCGGAUCAGGAGAACAAGGAGGAUGGGAAAACAGGGAGGAUAGAUUUGAACAGUGAUCCUUGUAAUAGAGGAGAGGUUGAAGCUGUGGGUGUGGAGGAGAAAGAAGAGAGUGGAAAAGGAGAAGCAGGGGAGUGUUUGGGCGUGGCACAGGCCGGUGAUGUUGUAGGAGUAACGGAGUUAGAAGGAGAGGGUGAGAAAAUCGGUGAAGAGUCGAAAGGUUCAAAGCUGAUAUAGAAGAAGACAAAGAAGCUAAACUCAUAGCUAUUUUAUAUAAAUAUAUGUACUUUAAGAAACCAAGAGAAAAAGAGUGAGAGGUACAGUUUUUGUGUUUGGUUUUUUCAUAGUUUUUUUUUUUUGAUAAUCAGGGUUCCCCGCUUCGCGGAUCAUUCCCUGGUCCGGCCAGGCAGCGGGCCAGCUUCACCCGGGAGGAUAUUCCCUGAGCCCGAAGGCCCAGUACCCGCUUUUGGUGACAGGGAUGAGCAGUUCGCCUCCGGCUGACGUCGAACCCGGAAGCAUGACAAUUGGCCCCUAAAGCUCUGACCAGUAGAACUGACUCAUCCCGUCAAAAGUCAAUGUUUUUUCAUAGUUUUAAGCAAACAUAAGCUUCUGGUUCAUAAGAACAACAAUGACCAUCUUCUGCUUUUGCACUUCUUACUCUUUUUUAAUGGUCUGGUGAGUUUUGGGUUUAGGGUUUUAGUGUUGUCUCCGUUAAUAUUGCAGAAGGCAGAAAUGGUGCUUCCGUGUUUGGUGAUCAAACAGUUGGAAUAUUUUUGUUUGUGUUGUAGUUUUAAACCUCACAUGGGAAGGCAUUAUGUU